UCUGGAUUUUCAUUUUUAAGAUAUGACUGUCACCAGCGCAUUAUAGCAUAUGCUUCUCUCAUCAUCAAAAAGCACAGCCACAGAGCUUCAGCAUUUUCAUUCUCACAAAACUAUUAUUAUUCAUCAUCACACCAAAAUCCAAAAAAAGGAAGAGACACAGAAGAGAAAAGAGAGAGAGAGAGACAUUCAUCAUCAUCAAACCAUCUUCCAUCUUUCCUUCCAAUGGAUCUAAUCAUAUCUUCUUGAUUCUUCCUCCAAGGGGCUGAGAUUUGAAGGAGUGACAAAGGAAGAAUCUUUUAUUUAAAAAGAAAAAAAACAAGUUCAAGUGUUCCAGAGAUGGCCACGGUGGGCGUAGAGCCUAGUGCCGCGGUUAGAGACUCUAAUGGAAACGCUGUUACUGAUGCUGAUAGGUUACCAGAAGAGAUGAAUCACAUGAAAAUUCAAGAUGAUAAAGAAAUGGAAGCUACAAUCGUAAACGGCAAUGUCACAGAGACUGGUCAUAUUAUAGUGACUACCAUUGGUGGAAGAAACGGCCAACCUAAGCAGACAAUCAGUUACAUGGCAGAGCGUGUUGUUGGACACGGUUCCUUUGGCGUUGUGUUCCAAGCGAAGUGUUUAGAGACAGGAGAAACUGUAGCGAUAAAGAAAGUGUUGCAAGACCGUAGGUACAAGAACCGUGAGCUACAAACAAUGAGGCUGCUCGACCAUCCGAACGUAGUCUCUUUGAAACACUGCUUCUUCUCGACCACCGAGAAAGACGAGCUUUAUCUCAACUUAGUCCUCGAAUACGUUCCGGAAACAGUGCACCGUGUUAUCAAACACUACAACAAACUUAACCAACGAAUGCCUAUCGUUUACGUCAAACUCUACACCUAUCAGAUUUUCAGGUCCUUAUGUUACAUUCACCGAUGUAUAGGCGUGUGUCAUCGUGACAUUAAGGCUCAAAACUUGUUGGUAAACCCACACACUCAUCAAGUGAAGCUAUGUGAUUUUGGAAGUGCUAAAGUAUUGGUCAAAGGAGAGCCAAACAUUUCAUAUAUAUGCUCGAGGUAUUACAGAGCACCUGAGCUUAUUUUUGGAGCUACAGAGUAUACUACAGCCAUUGAUGUCUGGUCUGCUGGAUGUGUUCUCGCCGAGCUUCUUCUCGGUCAGCCAUUGUUCCCUGGUGAGAGUGGGGUUGAUCAACUGGUUGAGAUUAUUAAGGUUUUGGGGACACCAACAAGGGAAGAGAUCAAAUGCAUGAACCCGAACUACACUGAGUUCAAGUUCCCUCAGAUUAAAGCUCAUCCAUGGCAUAAGAUUUUCCACAAGAGGAUGCCUCCAGAAGCUGUUGAUUUGGUCUCAAGGCUUCUUCAAUACUCUCCUAAUCUCCGUUGUGGUGCUCUUGAUGCAUUGGUCCACCCGUUCUUUGACGAGCUUAGAGAUCCUAAUGCACGGUUGCCCAAUGGACGUUUCUUUCCACCACUUUUCAACUUCAAGCCUCAUGAGCUUAAAGGUGUACCUGUGGAGAUGGUGGCUAAGUUAGUACCGGAACAUGCAAGGAAGCAGUGUCCAUGGCUCGGUUUGUGAGUUAUCUGCUAUAUCACAUCAAGUAUUUGUAACCCCUUGUUUGUUGUAGUGAGUAGAGAAAAGAGUGAAUCAUUGUUGGGGGUUAUGAUCUUGUAAAAGUCAACAAAGUUUUAUUUCUUUUAAGAGUCUGGUGUAUUCUAUA